AUGGCCGACCCAAAAUCAUCCUGCCUUCGGUCUUCUGACCCUUCGACUCCUCCCCGGCGGGUGUCUCAGCAGAGCGUCCGAUUCACAGACACGGACCAAUAUGUCCCUCUGAUCCCCAGCCGGCUGCGGGAGACCACGAUUCUCUCACCAGAAGACAGAAUGGCAAGAUCCAGCUCAGAGGGAGAUUCAAGUGAUCACCGCGGCCCAGAACUCCCCCCUCCGACCUUGACGGUCGACGAAAACACGCCUCUUAUCGCCGAACCAGAGCCCUUGAUGGACGAAGAAGGGGAAGAUGUACAAGGAGAACUCCUUGAACCUUCGUCGCAGUCGCUCUACGCUCGGAACAAUAUGCUAGGGGAUUAUCACCACAGCCGCAUUUGUGGUUUGAAGAACUGCGAUCAUGGGACCUUUUCUCCCCGAGCCCCUUCGGUCGACGAAAGCGAGGGGAGCAACAGCAUCUCCUUCGGUGGUCGAUACGCCGAUGAUAUCGGAGAGGACGGGAGUCCACGGGACCCGGUGCGAGGCAUCCUGGGUGAGGCUGUCACCGACACGCUCACACCUGGUAAAAACAGCUUGGGCACAACCAGAUGGCUGGCCGAAAGACACGGGAUUAAGAGUCACCGGUUCAUGUACUUCUCCUACUACUUCCCGUUCGUCAAGUGGGUCGGGCAGUAUCGAUGGAGCUGGUUACAGGGUGAUCUGGUCGCUGCUCUCACGAUGGCGUCCUUUUACAUCCCGAUGUCGCUGUCUUUCGCCGCAAACCUUGCACACGUUCCACCCAUCAAUGGACUUUAUUCCUUUGUCUUUCAGCCAUUGAUCUACGCUUUCUUGGGCACUUGCCCCCAGAUGGUCGUUGGACCUGAGGCAGCAGGGUCUUUGCUGCUUGGCCAGGUGGUCAAGACAUGCAUCGACAGUGGACAGUCCCACGAUGAUGAUUCCGAGCUCAACGCUGAAAUUGGCGGCCUGGUGACCGCAAUAGCAGGAUCCAUCAUCUUCGCCGCCGGUUUGGCUAGGCUUGGGUUCCUCGACAGCGUCCUCAGUCGACCCUUUCUUCGAGGUUUCAUUAGCGCCAUCGGAUUCGUCAUUCUUGUUGACCAGCUGAUUCCCGAGUUGGGUCUCACCGACAUUGCGAAACAAGCGGACGACGUGGCACAUGGGAGCAGUGCUCAAAAGCUAGUAUUCCUGGGUAGGAACAUAGGGGAUACUCACGCUUUGACGGCUGCGGUAUCCUUCGGAGCCUUCGGUAUCAUCAUGGUCUUUAGGUCUCUGAAAAAGAACAUGCAGCCUCGAUAUCACUGGGUGGCAUACUUUCCGGAUCGGUUCAUUGUGGUCGCCCUCUCGGCUGUUCUGACUUGGGCAUAUUCAUGGGACAAGCAAGGCCUCGAUAUCCUCGGUGAAGUCAAAUCUCCAAGCGGAACGUCCAUCCAAUUCCAGUGGCCCUUCCAGUUCCGACAUAUGAAACACAUCGACACGGCAUUGAGCACGUCCUUCUUGAUUGCAUUGCUGGGGUUCUUUGAAUCUUCUGUCGCGGCAAAAAGCAUCGGAGAAGGGGGCCAAGUUAAGCACAUAACGCUCAGCGCGAAUCGUGAAAUGAUUGCUCUGGGCACUGCGAACAUUGUCGGGGGCUGCUUCAUGGCCUUACCUGCAUUCGGUGGUUAUGGAAGGAGUAAAGUCAACGCUUCGACCGGAGGUACCACGCCAAUGAGCAGCAUUCUCCUCAGCCUCAUCACCUUGAUAUCAGUACUGUUCGUCGUUCCCUAUUUCUACUACCUCCCCAAGGGCGUUCUUUCUGCCAUGGUUUCGGUCGUCGCAUACUCUCUCAUCGAAGAAUGUCCUCAUGACAUCAAGUUUUUCCUCAGAAUUAGAGGCUGGACGGAGCUGUCACUCAUGACGAUUAUCUUUGUGGCGACGGUUUUCUAUUCUUUGACCGUCGGAAUGGCACUCGGCAUCGGCUUGUCCUUACUGGCGUUGAUCCGCCACGCAACGAAGCCCAGGAUUCAAAUUCUCGGAAAAGUGCCUGGGACGACAAACCAAUUCGAAAAUGCAGAACUUACACCCGAGAAUAUAGAAUAUAUCGAAGGUUGUCUGAUUGUCAAGAUCCCCGAACCCCUCACCUUUGCGAACACCGGAGAAUUGAAAAAUCGACUCCGGCGGCUAGAGCAAUACGGCACCAAUGCUGCUCACCCUUCCCUGCCACGAGUGCGCCACGAGGAUAACAACCGCAAUGUUAUAUUUGAUGUGCACGGCGUCACCACAAUCGACGGCUCCGGAACCCAGGUCUUUACUGAAAUCGUGGAGGAUUAUGUCAGGCGUGGCAUUCGCGUCAUUUUCUGCAGAUUACCCCAGAGACGGAGUCAAGUCUACAAGCGGUUUGAAAAGAGCGGCAUUGUCGACCUGGUGGGCGGCACAAGAUACUUUGUGGGCAGUGUUGAGGAGGCACUGAGGCUGAGUGAAGCGGAAGACCUGGAAGAAUAUUUCGAAGAGAGACUGCACGGGCAUCAGCAUCAUUAG